GGUUCCUUUCCCUCUUUCCUCCUCGUCUUCGGCGAGAUGUUCGAAAUCCAAUAUCAGCUACGCUUUCAGCCUCCUCUGCGUUUCCUCCAUGCUUCUCCAACUCCUUCUCCUGCCGUUCUCCUCCUUGAUCUCCGUUUCCCAUGCCGGCGCUUCUCCCGGGUGCGCUGCUGCAGUGGCGGGGGCAAUGGCGGCAGUGCAAAGCCACAGCAGCUUCAGCAGAGGAGGGCGUACCCUUUUGAUGAGAUAGAACCCCGGUGGCAGAGGUAUUGGGAGGAGAACCGUACUUUCCGAACCCCCGAUGAGGAUCUUGACAUGUCUAAACCCAAGUGCUACAUCCUCGACAUGUUCCCAUAUCCUAGUGGUGCUGGCUUGCAUGUUGGGCAUCCCCUUGGAUAUACUGCCACUGAUAUUCUAUCACGAUUCAAACGCAUGAAAGGUUUUAAUGUUCUUCAUCCAAUGGGAUGGGAUGCAUUUGGUCUUCCUGCUGAACAGUAUGCUAUUGAGACAGGAACCCACCCAAAGGUCACGACAAUACGAAAUAUUGACAGGUUCAGGUCACAGCUGAAGUUAUUAGGCUUCGCUUAUGAUUGGGACCGUGAAAUUUCUACCACUGAUCCAGAGUACUAUAAAUGGACACAAUGGAUAUUUCUGCAACUGUUAAAGAGAGGACUUGCGUACCAGGCUGAAGUACCUGUCAAUUGGUGCCCUGCUCUUGGCACUGUUUUGGCAAAUGAAGAGAUUGUGGAUGGGGUUAGUGAGCGUGGUGGUUUCCCUGUAAUAAGAAAGCCUAUGCGUCAGUGGAUGCUGAAGAUUACUUCUUAUUCUGAACGCCUUCUUGAAGAUUUGGAUGAUCUUGACUGGCCAGAAAGUAUUAAAGAAAUGCAGCGGAAUUGGAUAGGACGAUCUGAAGGUGCUGAGCUAGAGUUUCAUGUAAUUGGUUCUGAUGGACAGGAGCGGGGAAUAAAGCUUUCUGUUUAUACGACAAGACCAGAUACCAUAUUUGGUGCAACAUAUCUUGUGGUUGCUCCUGAGCAUAUCUCGCUAGCAUCACUGGUGCCCAAGGAACAAGAAAAACAGGUGGAGGAAUACAAAGAACUUGCAGCAAGAAAAAGUGAACUUGAAAGAACUGAUCUUCAGAAGGAAAAAACUGGAGUGUUUAGUGGUUCUUAUGCCAAGAAUCCUGCCACUGGAGAAUCAAUUCCAAUAUGGAUAGCUGAUUAUGUCUUAGGAAGUUAUGGUACUGGAGCAAUUAUGGCUGUACCUGCACACGAUUCUCGUGAUUAUGAGUUUGCUGUAAAGUAUGACAUUCCAAUAAUUAGGGUUGUGGAGCCGGCAGGCACUAGUUCUAAUCUUGAUGGACCUUAUGUAGAUGAUGGGUUUGUCAUAAAUUCCUCAAAUAUGUCUUCUGGGCUAAAUAUCAAUGGCCUGACAUGCAAAGAAGCUGCCAUGGAAGUCAUAGAUUGGCUUGAAAGAACUGGUCAUGGGAGUAAAAAGGUUAAUUACAAGCUGAGGGAUUGGCUGUUUGCUCGUCAACGCUAUUGGGGAGAACCCUUUCCAGUGAUUUUCCUAAAUGAAACCGGUGAACUUGUUCCUCUUCCAGAAAGUCAGUUGCCGCUUACUCUCCCUGAAUUGGAUGACUUCACUCCUACUGGAACAGGAGAACCUCCACUGGCAAAAGCAACAACUUGGGUCAAUACUAUUGAUCCUAUCUCCGGGAAACCUGCCAGACGGGAAACAAAUACAAUGCCACAAUGGGCUGGAUCCUGCUGGUACUAUUUGAGAUUUAUGGAUCCAAAGAAUUCCACUGCUAUUGUUAACAAGGAUAAAGAGAGGUGUAUAGCACUAUCAUCUUUAUUUUUAGCACAGGAUAUGAUAAAUAUUUAUGAGCUAAGUCUUUCAGGACUGAAUUUCUACAGAUACUGGAGCCCUGUGGAUAUUUAUGUUGGUGGAGCCGAACAUUCUGUUCUGCAUUUGCUUUAUGCAAGGUUUUGGCACAAGGUCCUUUAUGACAUAGGUGUUGUCUCAACGAUUGAACCUUUCCAAUGUCUUAUAAAUCAAGGAUUGAUACUUGGAGAGGUCGAAUAUGUGGCAUACAGAGAUGCAGAAGGGAGAUUAUUGUCUGCUGAUUCUGUUUCUGAUGUGGGCGAGUAUGCUCUAGAGAGAAUACCUGUAGAAAAGGUUACAAAAGCUGGAGAUUUUUAUGUCUUGAAAGAUGAUCCGAGCAUUCGUUUGAUUUCCCGAUCCUACAAAAUGAGUAAAAGUAGAGGGAAUGUAAUUAAUCCGGAUGAUGUUGUUUCUGAAUAUGGUGCAGAUUCUCUUCGUUUGUAUGAGAUGUUCAUGGGACCAUUGAGGGAUUCAAAAGCAUGGAGUACUGGUGGAAUUGAAGGUGUACAUAGAUUCUUAGCGAGGAUUUGGAGGCUUGUUGUUGGAGCACCCUUACCUGAUGGUUCUUAUAGGAAAGGGACGGUUGUCACUGAUGAUAAACCCACUUUGGAACAACUCCGUGCUCUUCAUAAGUGCAUUGACAAGGUUUCAGAAGAAAUUCAAGAAACAAGAUUCAACACAGGAAUCUCUGCCAUGAUGGAAUUUAUCAAUGCUGCAUACAAGUGGGAUAAUCAUCCGAAACCAAUUAUGGAAGCGUUUAUUUUGUUGCUUUCUCCUUAUGCACCUCAUAUGGCGGAGGAGCUGUGGUUCCGCUUGGGACAUUCAAGUUCAUUGGCUUAUGAAAAUUUUCCAGAGGCCAGAACUGAGUAUUUGAAAGAUUCAAGCAUUGUGUUGCCUGUCCAGAUUAAUGGAAAAACCAGGGGCACCAUAUUAGUUAAUGAGGACUGUUCAGAGGAUGAAGCCUUCAAAUUGGCAUCACUUGAUGAAAAGCUUUCCAAGUACUUACAUGGGAAGGCAAUCAAGAAAAGAAUUUAUGUCCCAAGAAGAAUCUUAAAUGUGAUCUUGGAUCAGCAAAAGAAACUGGACUUCCCCGUGGUACUGACGUGCUGUUGUGAAGAGGGGAAUUAACACAUCAGUGAAGUCAUGGAAGAAGUUACCAAGGAAUCCACCUGUAGAGAAGACUACAGCAGGGACACUGUGGUUGACAGCACAAUGAGCAUUUUCCUUGAAAUUUUCUAAUGAUCUGAGGGAUAUUUCUUUGAUG